AUGAAUCAACCAAAAGAGAACCAAUACGAGUGCGACGUGUGCGGCGACAGGCUUCCAACCCAGGCACAUUUGGACCGGCACAUAGACCGGCACAACGAUAAUAGCGAGAUGUUCGAGUGCCCUGAUUGUGAUAAAGCCUUUGCCAGACAUUACGACAUGACCGAUCAUUGGAGGCGUAAACAUGACCCCGAUUUCGUCAAGUACGAAUGCCAAUACUGCUCCAAGAAGUUUGAGCUCCUUGUUGGCAAGGUUCUGAAAAGCACUGAACUAGUAAAGCAUUGGGGAACACACCAGAAACGGGGUCAUGUUUCGCAAGACAAAGAACUGGAGUAUAUACCAGCCGAGCAACCACGGUUCAACGGAAGCCUUCCAUUGUUUCUAGCGAUUCUGAAACACAGCAUCACACUCAAGGACAAUGCCGACAACCUCAAUGAAGAACACGACGACGAUGACAGCCGUGGCCUUGAGGAACAAGAGAAUGAUGAUGCAGUCUUUGACCACGAUGUCGAUAUUCUUCGGCAGAAUGAAGAAUGGUGGAGUCCGGGCAUCGAGACCAAUGGGCUUAUACUUGAACCGUGUCCAAACGGCGUGGUCAUUGAACUGGACACGGCGAUUCUCAAUAAUAGUCGGGGUCGAAAGGUUCCUACGUUAUCGCUGGACAGCAGAUGCGUGAAGUGUCAUGCAGAGAUGAGGAUGAGGCAACUCACAAAGAGAUUUGACUCGCCUCACAGACUUGAUUACGAUCUCGCCAAACUUGGAGAUGAGUUCGCAACUGCUGCAUCAGAGCGUUGGAGUUACCCCUCGCAGUAUGCGCAGUAUGAAGCAACAGUCAGAAAACCCGUCAGAGAUAUACGGCUUAACGGGCAGCAUACCGGUCCACGAAAGUUCGUGAUAAUUGAUACCGAAUUCAAUCCGACGACCCGUGAGCUUUGUGAAACGGCCAUCAUCGAUCGGGUAACAGGCGAGGUGUUAAUCAACACUGUUAUCAGACACACCGACGCCACCAAGACUGCACCACUUCCUUCAGGUACAGUCGGGCAGAAGAUGGAAUACAUCACAAAUCAACACAGGAAAAAGUUUUACCCUUCCAGUGGAGAACUGGCACAGAUGGAUGUUGACCAGGUUGCUGAAACUCUUCAGAGAUCUGGCAUUACACCAGAGACCAUUUUUAUCUGCUGGCACAACAACAAAUUCGAUCUGACCAUCCUCAGAGAAUUCCUGCGAAAGGGUGGCUACACAGACAUCUUACCUGGAGAUGACAAAUGUUUCCCCUUGAUACCAAUCUUUAAAAAGAACGCCCCGAAAAGUCUCAGUCUGAGGCUCGAAGUGCUCUUCCAAGUCCUAUAUCCGGCACAUAGCCUGAUUGGACACAACCACAGAGCCCUUCCCGAUUGUCAGCAGGCCAGGUUGGUCUGCGAUUGUUUAGAUGAGAUGUUCGAAAAGCCGGAAAAUCGAUCUGAGCGAUGGAAAGGAACGACACUCAGACGCUUCUACAAAAAAACUAAGAUUCAGCAGUCUAUCGCUGACUGGCUUCAGCCAGACAAGAAGCGCAAUGCUGAUGGUCUGAAUGCCGAGCUGCCUAUUCGGAGCAAACGUCCGAGAAGGCAGUGA